UGGUGUCUAAAGAGUUGGUGAGAAGACUGAAGCUUCCCUGGUAUGGUUUACAUCUCCAAGAACUUCAAGCCAGUGGCUUGACUUCUGGCUACGCCAUCGACUCCUGUGGUGGAGAAAGUUUGCUGUGAGCCCAUCUGACUUCAGCAGCAGUGACUGUCAGGAUGAAGAGGGACGAAAAGGAAACAAGCUUUACUACCAUUUUCCCUGGGGAAAGGAGCCCAUAGAAACCCUGUGGAGUCUGGGAGAUCAUGACCUUGUCCGCAUGUAUCCUGGGAACACAUCUAAACUACAUGGCCGAGAUGGACGGAAGAAUGUGGUUCCUUGUGUCCUGUCCAUUAGUGGAGACCUGGACCAGGGCGUGCUGGCCUACCUCUACGACUCCUUCCAGCUGACAGCGAGCGCCUUCAUGAGAAACGACGGUCUUCACAGAAAGGUCCUUAAACUUCACCCUUGCUUAGCCCCCGUCAAGGUUGCUCUGGAUGUGGGAAGAGGCCCUACGGUGGAGUUGAGACAGGUUUGUCAAGGGCUAUUUAAUGAAUUACUAGAAAGUGGAAUUUCUGUGUGGCCUGGCUAUUUGGAGACUGUGCAGUUCUCAUUGGAACAGCUUUAUUCAAAGUAUGAUGAGAUGGGUGUCCUCUUUGCCGUUUUGGUCACUGAAACCACUCUGGAGAAUGGAUUAGCACAUCUGAGGAGCCGCGACACCACCAUGAAGGAGAUGAUGCACAUAUCCAAAGUCAGAGAGUUCGUCAUCAAGUACAUAGCGGCAGCCGGGAGCGCAUAGCUGCUCAUCUCUGUGUGUAAACAUUCUGCCCUCCUGACUGGGCAGUCUUCGUGAACUUAGCCAUUUGAGCCUUUGCGGAUACCGGGUGCUUUCUCAAGUCCAGUUUUAAGUUUCGGCAUCUGCCUUUGUGGGAGGAGCAUGUCUGGCUGCAAGAAGCUGCCUCCGGCUCACUAGGUCACGCCGGCUGGGCUCUCGCUUGUGCCCGAGGGAGCCAGAGCUGGCAUCGCUGUUUGUGUAGUUAAGGGCUGGGUGCGUCCUGCCCUUCUGUACUGCCACCCUGUACUUACACUCAGGGGCCUAGGUGCCUGCUGCACUUCUAGCCUUCACACCAUUCUUGCUAGUCAAGGAGAUAAGGGCUAGCCAGGCAAGACUUCCCUGAAAGGAAAGCUUUUCCAGACACCCAAGCAGAGGACUCUUCUCCUCUCAGUGGUCAGAACUGGGUCCCAUGAUAGCUCCCGGACCUGUCACUCCCCAAGGGACUUAGAAUGUCCUGGUUUAGAUCAACCACAGUUGGUCCCUCGGGGCUGCGUGGUGUCUUACUCCCUCUGAAGUGGGUUUUGUUCCCAGGAAAUGGUCUUGACAGAGUCAGCCACGUCUUGAAAGUUUGACUGACCUGCCUUUUGACUUUUCUUGGUGUGCUUUUUUCUUUUGGUUAUUUUUUGCUUGUUUUUUAUGGAGAAUUCCUAAAACAGACAUACUCAGAAGAGAAGAAGGAAUCCCAUGUGAUCAGCCAGCCCCAGCAACCAGAUCUGUCCCACCCACCAGCACCACCGUCCUUGUUAUUUCAAAGCAGAUCCCAGAUGUCUUUUUUUUUUUAAAGUGAGAAAGUAAGAUUUAUUG